UAAGUCAAUUUUUAAACAGUUUUCACAAUAUAAGUUAAGCCGGUUUCUUGAAUUGUUGCAGGAAACAGUUUUUUAGAAUGACUUCAGAAAAUGAGAUCAAGGUUCAUCCUUUGACUAAAAAUCCUUCAGCAGCAUGGGAAUCUUUUAAACCAAAGCAAACUGCAUACAGAAUAAAGCAUUUACCCAUAGAUCUGCCUAUCUCUCAUAAAGCCAUUCGUUUUGUCUGUAUGUCUGAUACUCAUUCUCUGCUAUCAAGAAGAAAAUUUAAAAUUCCACCAGGUGAUGUAUUUAUACAUGCAGGAGAUUUCACUAGACAUGGAGGAUAUAAUGAAAUCAUUGAAUUCAAUAAUUUUUUAGGUAAUCUCAGCCAUAAACAUAAAAUAGUCAUUGCUGGAAAUCAUGAACUGACAUUUGAUCAAAAGACUAUUAGCAGUUUUGAAAUUAAACAGGCAAAAAAAGCAACUGGACAAGAUGUUCCAUUAGACACUGCAUACUUCAAGAAUCUGCUAACAAAUUGUAUAUAUUUAGAAGACAGUUUGACAGAAGUAUAUAAUAUUAAAAUCUAUGGCACUCCAUGGCAGCCAGAAUAUAAUAAUUGGGCUUUUAAUCUACCACGCGGAAAAGAAUGUCUGGAAAAGUGGAACAUGAUUCCAUCUGGUGUAGAUGUUUUAAUUACACAUACUCCACCAGUUGGUCAUGGAGAUCUUUGUAUACUUGGAAGAAGAGUGGGAUGUGUUGAGUUAUUACAGACUGUUCAAAAUAGAAUAAAACCAAAAUAUCAUGUUUUUGGUCACAUCCAUGAAGGUUAUGGUAUAACUACAGAUGGGAAAACUAUCUUUGUCAAUGCAUCAACUUGUAACAUCAGCUACGAACCAGUCAAUCUCCCAAUCAUCUUUGACAUCAUUCUGCCUAAAGAUCAAACUAAAGAAUGACAUUAAAUAAUUUAGAAUUGUAAACAAUGUUUUAAAAUAAUAAAUAUUUAAUUGUAUAUAAUUUAAAUAGAUUUUAUUUAUAUAUAGUGGAAACUUGAUUUUCCAAACUUGAUGGGACCAGGGGUUAUUCAGAUGAAAUUUCAGAUAAUCCAGAAACUUUGCUUGAUUACAUAAAAACAAAUGUAAACAUUUAUUUUCAUGAACGAUAAUUAUGGUAUUUACUUGCAUGUAAUAUAUUAGAUUUAUGACCUAGUUUUGUAGCAUUAAAAUUGACAGAUGACUGAACUCCACGUAACAGUCGUAUAUGCCACUAUAGUGUGAUGUAUUUUACUCUCUUUUUUUAGGAUCAUCAAGUUUCUACUGUGUAUAUAAAAUUUUGUAGCAUACAAACUUAUGAAUAAUAAAAUUUUUUUUCAACAA